AUGGCCACCGAUGGCCGGCCACUGAAGGGCAUCCUCAAAAAUUCAGCUGGCGUCUCCGGCAGCAGCAACUCUGGUGCCGCCGCCGCCGUGCUCAACCCGCGAAAGCAGGACCCCCGCGAAAUCGCGCUCCAGCACGCCCGCAUCAUCCAACAGCGCAAGGACCUCGAGAUCGAGAUCCUCGAGAGCUUGGCCCUGCUGUCCGAGUACCCCACCGAGCGCAGCAGCCGCCUCUACUCAGCCGCGAACCCCUCACCCCGCGACGUCGCCGACUUCAAGGCCAACGUCCGCCUCUUCCAGCCCUCCGACUACGACGACCUCAUCGAGGAGCGUAACGUCAACGGGCUGUGCGGCUAUACCCUCUGCGCCCAACCCAAGCCGGUCGCCUCCAAGGGUGGCGAAUGGCGUCUCGUCAACUUUGGUACAUCGAAUUUCGACAUCGUCAACCGCAAGGAGACGGAGAAGUGGUGUUCGAAGGACUGUCAGCGCAGGGCGCUCUACGUCAAGGUCCAGCUUAACGAGACGGCCGCCUGGGAGCGCGCGGGAAUCCCGGAUAUCGAAAUUGAGCUGCUCGGCGAGGACAGGUCGGCAAGGGCGGACCCCGCUGCACAAGCGACGCGUGACCUCGCGAACCUGAGGCUGGAGGAGGGCAGGAGGGCGGCUGAUGAAUCCGCGACGCUGGCCUUGGAGAGGGGCGAGGUGCGGCGGGAGGGCGGCCAGUCGGGCAAUACGUUUACGCUUGCGAUCAGGGAGAGAGAUGUCAAGCCGCCAGUCGAUAACGGUACCUUUGCGGAACCGGACGAUGCACAUCUGAUGGUGGAAGGACACAGACCGGGCGCUGGGAAGGCGCAGGCUCGGGCCGAGGCUUCCCAGGCUGAAGCCCGAUUUAGGAAGGAAAACGAGUUGAUGUGA